AUACUCUGGAAAAUGAAAUCAUCCGCUUAGAAGUUUCUGAGGUCAAUAAAAACUACAAUUCCCAAGGUGCACUUCGAAGUGCGGCCGCCGCCUUUGAACCGGAAGUGAAGCAGUAUCCCCGGUGUCGCAAUCUCGCCGUCUGUUUAUGUUUUGGGGUGAAGUUUGGAUUUCAUUUUAACCGCUCUAAGUCCUUUCAAGUCGAAAACCGUCAGACGGUUAGAUUCUUAUUAAACGACUCACAACGAAAUAAAACUGGCCCCUCCACUGCCUGUCACAAUGCCCGCCCUGCUUGAGAGACCCAAGCUGUCCAACGCGAUGGCCAGAGCUCUCCACAAACACAUCAUGAGGGAGAGAGAGCGCAAGAGACAAGAGGAGGAAGAGGUGGACAAAAUGAUGGAGCAGAAGAUGAAGGAAGAGGAAGAGAGGAAGAGGACAAAAGAGAUAGAGGAGAGGAUGUCCUUGGAGGAAACAAAAGAACAGGUGAUGAAGAUGGGGGAAAAACUUCAGGGACUACAGGAAGAAAAGCAUCAGCUCUUUUUACAGCUCAAGAAAGUUCUCCACGAAGAGGAGAAGAGACGAAGAAAAGAGCAGAGUGAUAUCACAACAUUGACAUCAGCCAGCUACCAGUCCAGUCUGCCCAUGCAUGCAGGACAGCACCUUCUCAGCAUUCAAGGCAGCCCAGUCAGCCACAGCAGACCUGGUGCACUGCUUGGAGGAGAACGGAACAAGCAGCUGUUCCCAGCUGCUGUGAUCCCUGCACGUCAUUAUCAGACGCCUGGUUUCAGCUCAGGCUCAGCAGAGCAUGGUCAGUUCAGCGGAGGUCAGGGGGUACAUGAGCCUUAUGGGGUGGCUCAGGCCCAGCAUCCCUCCAGCUAUGCCCCUGGACCCUCUGUGCCAGUCAGUUUCGCAAGCAGCUCUCAGAUCAGAGGUGCAUCUGCAUUUCAAGCAAUGCAGUACCUCCCUCAUCAGCAGGCUGGUUACCCCGUUCAUAGUCACUUCACCUCCCAGCAAGGAUACAUCCCUGGAGCAGGAAUACCCCUGCAGAAGCAGCUGGAGCAUGCUAACCAACAGUCCGGCUUUACUGACGCGAGUGGUUUGAGGCCUUUGCACCCCCCAGCCAUGCAUCCUUCUGCCCCAGGCCUGCUGCCCACACCGUCGAUGUCUGUCCAGAUCCCUACUGCAAAGGCCCCAUUCCAGAGCUCUCCCCAGGGUGCUCCCCGUCAUAGCUUCCUGCCCCACAGCCAGAGCGGGCAGAGGUUUUACCACCACGGCAAGUAGAUCACCCAACUCACCGAUGAUGAGAUUUCAGAAGUUCUCUCAAGAUUCUGGCGAUCCUGUUGGCGCUGAAGUAUUUUUUUUAUUUUUUUUUAUUUUUAAAGUAGGCUGGAUUAUGCCACAUGAUUUCUGUUUUAUUCCUUGUAUAGUUUAUUUUUUGAGCUUUGUUUUAAUGUUGUUAAUAAGCUAAUAAGCAGCCCUACACGUGUGCAUCUGUGAGCUUCAAACUCAUAUUUUACACGACUUCAAAUGUUGUUAUUUUACCCGCACUGUGAAGCCAUUAUGGAGGUGCUUAUGUGCAUUAAGCCGUUAAUAACAUGCGUAAAAGCCAGACUGCAUAGUCCAGAUCCUGUUCUUUGCAUUCACAGUCAUAUCAGUGAUGGCUGGAGUUUCCUUUGCUCACUAACAAGUAGCGGGAAGAACUACUACAGCUUAAAUACUCCAGAUUAACUGAAAGACUGUUUCAACUUGUUACCAAAAAAUAAGAUAACUCUUUUCCACGUUCCCCUGCAGCUUAAAUCAAGUUUAGGUCUGGUCUAAUUUUAAGCUUUUGCUUAAAUGUUGCUAAAUAAACAAUA